AGCACACUUAGCCACACCAGUAACGCUGGCCACACCACAACAACACUGUCUGGAGUCCUUACCACAGAACAGGAGAACCAGCGAUGUACACAAAUGGACUCUGCAGUGUCUGACUUAGCAACUAAAGUGAUCCUGUGGUCUUUUACAGAGCUCUCUGGGCCUGAGAUGCGCCAGUACGACACCCAGGCUCUCUCAGAAGCCCUGAUGGGAUUCCUGCAGGACCUGCCCUCCCCCGUCAUCCCAGAGUCUAUCUAUCCCAGCCUGAAGACUGCCCUGCAAGAGGAAGCAGAGCUGUCCAUCGAGGAGACAGGCAGGCGUUUGCUGAAGGCACUGGAGCCCCCGGCCUUGACCCUGCCGAGCCUGCUCACCCUGCAGUACCUGCUCAGACACCUGGGCCGAGUGGGCCAGAGCUCGGCUUACAACGGCCUGGAUCCCCACACCCUCGCAUUCCACUUCAGCCCUCUUCUGCUCACCGCUGGGUCAGAAGAAGGUCAUCAGGUUUCUGCCCAGUUGCUGGAGAGACUGCUGGUGGCGAGGGCCUGGGAGCUGGACCAAAUGUCACCAGCCCUACCUCCCAAGCCUUCCAAAACCAAAGCCAUGGCAUCUUCUGUCAUCAAUGGAGAUGGCAGCAAGAUGGCUGACGCAGAGUGGUACUGGGGAGACAUUUCCAGAGAGGAGGUGAAUGAGAAGAUGAGAGACACACCGGAUGGCACUUUCUUGGUCCGAGAUGCCUCAAGCAAGGUGCAAGGAGAAUACACAUUGACUCUCAGGAAAGGAGGAAACAACAAGCUGAUCAAGAUCUUCCACCAAGGAGGCAAGUACGGCUUCUCUGAGCCGCUGACCUUUGCUUCUGUGGUAGAGCUCAUCCUGUAUUAUCACCACGAGUCGCUGGCCCAGUACAACCCCAAGCUGGACUCACGGCUACUGUACCCCAUCUCCAAAUAUCAGCAGGACCAGGUGGUGAAAGAGGACAAUGUGGAAGCAGUAGGAGAGCAACUGAAGGUGUACCACGAACAAUGCCAGGAGAAGAGCUGGGAAUAUGAUGUAUUGUAUGAAGAGUAUACUCGCACCUCUCAGGAGUUACAGAUGAAGCACACGGCCAUCGAGGCCUUCAACGAGACCAUCAAGAUCUUCGAGGAGCAGUGCGAGACCCAAGAGAGCUACAGCAAGGAGUACAUUGACCAGUUCCACAGGGAGGGCAACAGGAAAGAGAUUGAGAGAAUCCAAAGUAAUUCAGAUAAGCUGAAGUCGCGGGUGACUGAGAUCCAUGACAACAAGAGGAAGCUAGAGCAGGAUCUGAAGGAGCAUGCGGCGGACAACCGAGAGAUCGAUAAGAAGAUGAACAGCCUAAAACCGGACCUCAUGCAGCUGAGGAAGAUCCGAGACCAGUCUCUGGUGUGGCUCAAUCAGAAGGGCACCAGACAGAAGAAGAUUAACGAGUGGCUGGGGAUCAAGAACGACGUGGAAGACCUGUAUUCUCUGGUGGAUGAGGAGGAAGACCUGCCGCACCACGACGAGCGCACCUGGUACGUGGGCGACAUCAAGCGCGGCCAGGCCGAGGAGCUGCUGAGGGGCAAGGGUGAUGGCACUUUCCUGAUUCGAGACAGCCAGUCCCAGAAGGGCUCCUAUGCCUGCUCUGUAGUUGUGGACGGGGACAUCAAGCACUGUGUUAUAUUCAAGACCUCCACGGGCUAUGGCUUCGCCGAGCCCUACAACCUGUACAGCUCACUGAGAGAGCUGGUGCUCCACCAUAGACACACCUCCCUGGUCCAGCACAAUGAUUCGCUGAAUGUAACUCUGGCAUGUCCUGUCCUAACCCAGCAGCAACCCAGAUGAGAUGCAAGGUAACCCGGACAGGGCCUGGCACAGGGUGGAAAGGAAACACACAGAACUCAUAGACCACUAACACUCAUUAUUCCCAACAAGAAAACAAAAAAGCAAAGCUCUUUCUGAGCGUUGGGUUUGAAAGGAGGGGAAGCAGCAGAUAUAAUGGCGGAGUGGGUUUUGACAUGGAAGAGCCCAUUUACAUGUUAUAUUUUUGUUAAAUCUCUACAACACUACAUAGUAUUUGGAGAAACAUAUAUACAUCUCUCAAAGUAAUUGCUGUAGAUACUUUUGAAAUCUGCCAUUUUUCUUUAUUUUUCUGUUGUUACUUUUUUUCUAGUUAAAGAGGGGCUUUUUGCAAGAGGGUUUGAUAUUCAAGACAUAGAGAACAAAAAUACUUAACAGGCCUUUUCUGUUUAGGUUAAGCCUUACACACAUUGUCCACUGUGGUAAAAGGCUUAAAGAGAUUCUCCAUUACUCCAUUGUUUUUAGCCAGUAGUUCUAAAAGUAGCGCUCACGAGCCAAAAUUGCGUACUACGUCACAUAUGUGCACCAUGUCAUUGCUCUCUGUCUCGCUCUGCUGUGGGUGCAACGUGCAUCUUUCUAGCUGUCACUGAUAUGGCGAGGAGCUGAAGCUCAUUGGUUGAACUCGAAUUACUAGGCGGCUGGCACAGGUGGGGGAUAAUGUAGUGAAAAUGGCGCAGCACAGCUUCCAGAAACACAGUUGCUUUCAAACUAGGGAUUUUGUGGCUAAUUGAGGUAAAACACUAAUUAUGCUCAUAGAUGAUGUAUGUGUGAACUACACAUUGACACACACAUGCAGCCAAAGCACGAGGUUUAAAAAAUACUUAGUAGUCGCCAAAGUCCUGGAGCAUGUCUUUAACUGUCGGGUGUUUUAUUCCUUUACUUCAAGUUCAUAUUAAUACAAAUAAAUAAUACACAGCACUGUGGGACAUACAGCAUUCUAUCUGCUCUCUGUGUAACCUUUCAUGCUAUGUGCCCUUUCACAUACAGUAGAGCAUGGUGGAACACUUGGUGGUGAAAGUGCCUUCUGUUCUAAUCCUCUGUCUUCCAUUAUUUCUCUGUAAAUCAGAUUCAGUGUGGAUGCCUUGCCCAAAUCAGAUGCCAAGUGUUUUGUACAGCACUGUGUGUGAAACUGGAAAUCCGAAAUGGACCUCACUAUUGAUUGCCUUAGAGCAGGGAUGGACAACUCCCUCAAGAGUUAUGCCUGGCACUACUGCUACUGACUGCUCAGAGUGCACACAUCUGGUUUCCCAGGUCUCAAUCAGUUGCUGAUUUAAAGGAAAGACACCAUGAAGACCAAAGUUGCCCACCCCUGCAUUAGUGUGUGUAUGAUGGUGGUGUUGGAAUUGUCCAUGUUGAAAAUGGAUUUACGUUCACAUUUUCUACUUGAGUCGAUCAUUGGUAAAUCUUGUGGGGGUUUAGUUGCUUGAGAAACUUGAUUUAAGAAACAUUGUCUUUUCACUUCAUUUUGACAUUGGGUUAUGUAUGCUAUAUGCACUGAGGUAUUUGUCAGUCUGGGUAUAAGUAGCCUAAUUCAAUAAUUCAAAAUGCAUUUUCCUUCAUUGGACCUUACCUGCCACACUUUAUGAAUGCACUUAUUUCCCAGGACACAAGCUUCACAAGUUGUACUGUAAUGCUAACAUAUGCACAAGAUAUUCUUGUUAGACUUAAAACAAACUACUUUGACAAACUGAUUAGUACUAUGCAGCGAGUUAGUAGACAACUUGAUGACGGCUCAUUAUCGAAAUUGAUAACCAUUACAUUUGUCAUGUAUGAAUCAGACAUUUUUACAGUACUUGUAGUAUCUGAGUAAAGACUAGAGGAGGUAGAAAUCAAAUGUCAGGGACAUAGAAGGUCAUAAAUCAUUAGCUUUUGCACACAAUAAUCUCACUUGAUUUAGAGAUCUUGUAUAGUAUUAUUAUCAUGUUCUUAACCUUUAGCAGAAGCUGGGGUGGAGGGGUUUUUGGUGCUAGAGGUGGACGAUUUGUGAUAUAUUAUGAUGCCAUUGCAUUGGUGCAUUUUAUUGCUCACUAUAAGGAGUGAUUAGAUUACCCAGCAUGUUGGGAUUGGUGAAAAGCUACGUUUUAUAACUGUCAACAUUGUUUGUUUUGUUAGUUAUGUUAAUCUAGUAAACCCGUUUCUUAUGUUUGUAUGGUAGUUAAGAGAAAAGGUAUCCUUGGAGAGAGAUGACACUUUAAUAGUCUGUGGACUAUUUACUGAACAUAGCUUUCAGCUAGAGUCCUGCUCAGUUAGGCUGCCUUUCAGUUCAAAGGAUCUUGGAAAACUGUGACAAUCAGUUUUUUGGCAUGUGAGAGAGUACCGUAUGUAAAAAGAGAAAGCAAUCAAUAAAGGUUUAUCAGUUUUAUUUUGAAAUUUCACUUGCAGUGUAAGACUAUGCUUGUCCUCCACCAACAUGACCAAAACCAGGUGUACACAAAAAAAAUAUGUAUGCACGCAUGACUGUAAGUCGCUUUGGAUAAAAGCGUCUGCUAAAUGGCAUAUUAUUAUUAUUAUAUUUUAGACUGUCUUUCACAGUGCGCCAGGCUCAGAUGAAUUUAUAUCUUUCCCCUCAGCUUUUCUGUGGGUUUGGGCCUAAAUUGGAGAUUAUGACAAAAGCUAUGCUUGAUUCCUGUCUCACAGACUGUUAUGACGGUGCAACAUAAAACAGCAAACGCUUCCUCAGCUUGUGAGAGAAAGUGUGUGUGGGUAAACAUUUUAGGCUUGAGUAGGGAUGUUGCCUUGCCAAUGUUUAAAUCUGCUACUGUAAAUGCACUACAAAGACAUGAAUGGGGAGCUCAUGUUUCAGGAGUUCUAUUACAAUUGGACUUGAACAUGCUCAUUUAUUUACAAUAACCGGCUAUGAUAGGUCAGAAACACUCCUCAUAGUGGACAUCUCACUGUAAGACAAGGAUUGCAUCAUUAAAGUUUUUAAGGGUCUGUUUGAAAUGGGUUUUUAUGAAAGGCCGUUAAACCUGUCUGUGUUUCAGUGUUUUGUUACUUGUUCAUCAUAACCUGAACAGAUUUAAUUGAAUAAGCUAAUGUGAAUUUUUUGGAUCUACAUUUAUAUUUAAUUUACAAUCUCUAAAUAACCAAAUCGAUUAAAAAGACUGUUAGAAAACAAAAUCUGUCUGCUCAAAAGCUUAUCUAGAAUGAAACUCUGUCGUAGUGUUUGUUGUGUCUUGACUUUCAAUAGUUUUUAAGACUGCUUGGUUUUUAACUUUUGUAUUUGUGAAACCGUAAUUUAUACAACCUUGACAUAGGUUGGAGUUAAGUAUUUUGAAACAUGGAAACCCCCCCAAAACAUUGCAAAGUGCACUUUCAAAUUGACAGUAAGCAAUUAGUCCAACUCUGUAAAAUUGUUAUUGCAUUACUUUCUGGCUGCACAUAAACAAUGUUAUAUUUUCAUGUUGUAUUUGUUUGACUGGUAGUUUUAUAUAGCACUAAAUAAAAAA